AUGACGACGGUUGGUGUCGAGACUGUAGAACCGAGCGGUAAUGAUGGACGCGAACGAUGGAGUCGCAAAAUCGAGUUUCUUCUCGCGUGCAUCGGCUUUGCCGUUGGCUACGGGAAUUUUUGGCGAUUUCCCUAUAUGUGUUUUAAAAAUGGCGGAGGUGAGUUAGCGAUGCAAUGAAAUGUUCGAAGCCUGCAAAUUCUCGUCAAGUAAGCCAGUUUUUAGCAUCUACUAGCUGCGGCACUGCGCGUGCAAAAUGCGUGUGCUUUGGCUACAAUGGUGCAGCACUUUGGAACAAUCUUCCUUACGAGGGAAAAACGUUCCAAAACCACUGCAUGGUCCUUCAUCCAUGAGCUCCUUUAAAACGAUUCCGGACUUCAACUUUAGUGAUUAUUUUAACAAAAAAAAAUUAAAUUACAGCUUGCCCUGCAAAUAGGUAUGUAAGGGACUGAUCAUUAUUUACGGCGGGGGGUGGCACCGAAGAGAAAAGGGUUGGGUAAACAAAAUUUUGAGUGAGUAAAAGGUUGGGUAAAUGAAAAACAAAACAACUCAAAGGUUGGGUAAUAAAAAUUUAUUGUCAUUUCCAAAGCAUGACUCACUCAAAUAUUGAAGACUGAAAACUUCAAUGUCAACAGUCAUGGAAUAUGUGAAUCAAUCUAUAUCUUCAUCAUUUUCCGAUUUGUUGGGAGACAAAUGGUGUCUCCAAAGAAAGUAAAUGUGCAGACAACAUGAAACUUUAGACUGCAGAAAAGUCAGUCAAUUUCACAAGCCGAACGUUAUCAAACUAUCAAACAUUCACAAGCCGAACGUUAUCAAACGUAUCACGGAAGUGGUAAAGGACUUGUGUCAUGUGUGACAACUGAAUGACAUCCUUUUGUAACGUUUUUGGCCAAGGGUGGGUAUUUAUUUUUUAAAUGAUACUUGAGGUUGGGUAAUGAAAUUUUUUAUUUUUUAAUGGUUGGGUCAGCAAAAUUUUUGUCACGAAAAACAUUUCUCUUCGGUGCCACCCCCCACCAUAAAUAAUGACCGGUCCCUAAGCUAAUCGAGACCGGGCAAGAUAGAUAGAAAAUAAUUUUACAAAUUUUAGGAUGAGAUAUGCCAGAGACAGACUGAGCUUAAAUCGAAUUUCUGCCAGCUAUUUUAACUUAAAUAUAUUGGUAUUUGUGUUGGUAUUUUCAAUAUUAAAUGUGUAAUACAAAAAAAAAAAUAAGCCAUGGAGUAAAUUAAUUAGCAAUACCCACUAAAAAUUUUUCAAUUUAUUAUUAUGGGGAUUUCUAUUGUCAUCUUGUUUUUCCAAAAAGUCGAAGGGUCUUUUUAAAUGGUUUCUAAGACCCCGUUUACAUGAGACCAGGACGAAGUCAAACCGAAAUAAAAAUUGAAACUGUCAACAUGUUUACAUGCAACCAGUGCGAAAAUCACGAAAUUUUCAAUUUAUUCCCCUUGGCAGGCAAUUUUCCGUUUUAGAUGCCUUUUGUUAGCAUGUGUUGUUCCAAUGUCAAAGUUCCAGCCGAGACCGGUCUGAAAUGUAUUUGCCAUUUGUGUUUACAUUCAUCCCGCGGUCUGAGUUCAUGCCGGUCUGAAGUCAGUCGGCUCGGUCCAGCAGGCGGAAUGACUUGAGACCGGUCUGAGUUAUUUUCGUACCGGUCUCAUGUAAACAUCUAUUAUAAAUAAUACUAUGACCGAAACGAAAUGGUCCCGGUUUGACUUCGUUCCGGUCUCGUGUAAACUGGGCCUUAGUUGAGUUGAAGCCGGCUCGUUUAUUUUUAUCUUUUGUCUGCUUGCAUGUUGUGUCAAGCAGAGAGUGUACCCUUGUCUUGUAAUGUUCCUAUCAUGUUUUGUGAUUGUAAAUUUUCAAUAUGAUUGUCUGUAAGACCUCUGGAUGCAUGUAUGAACUGUGCUGUUAAAUGUGCAGCUGAGUUCUAAUUUCUGAAUUGCGAAGCCGGACAGUCACGGAGUGAAACAUGACCGGGUCAAAGGCUUCCCUGGGUACCUCUGGUUGCCAGCCAUGUCACAAAACAUAAGGGCAACAUGAAAAAGAUUGUCAAAAAUUCAAUGAUUCCACAAAUUAAGACUCAUAAAUAACCAUGUUUUCAUUGAGAACGUUGACACAAAAUUAAAUCUCUCACGAUCUUAGCUUAAAAAUGCCGCAUCAUUGAAUUCUUUUAAAUUGUCCAUUUCCGAAACUAUGUCUACAUGUCUCUGAUAUUCCUCCUCUUUCUUGUUUACAUUUGUGAUACAUUCACUAAUCCUUGCAUGUAUUUUUUAAUUAUUUAUAUCUAAACGCCCCCGUUGGAAAUCUGCAAUUAGCCGAAGGGGUAAGCGUGGGUAACUGAUAUAGUUUUAAUAAUAAUUUAAUAAUUAUAAUAAUGACCUAGCUCAAAACAUUUGCGAUGUGAAAUGCAUGCAGGCCGUUUUUCUGCGAAUGGACCAUUUGCAUUAUAGACUAAAUUUUGAUCUCAACAAGUGUAGAUAAAAAUUUCAUCACAGCUUGAAAGAGCAUCACAAAAUUAGUAAUAUUCCAAAAAUUGCGAAAUGUUGUAAAAUGCGGAUGAUAUAGCCUUACGAAGUUUGCCGUUUUUCAGUCAUUUUCUAUUACAUUGAAGGGGAAAUUGACAGCCCCAAAGGGUAUUGCAUGGGCUGUCAAUUUCCACCGCAUAAUGCAAAAUGACUGAAAAACGGCAAAUUUCGCAAGGCUAUGUUAUCCGCAUUUUACAACAUUUCGCAACGAAAUUUUGGAAUAUUACUAAUUUUGUGAUCCUCUCUUUCAAGCUGUGAUGAAAUUUUUGUCUAGACUUGUUUAGAUCAAAAUUUAGUCUAUAAUGCAAAUGGUCCAUUCAUGAUGGGAUUCUGCGUUUACAUGCAGGAAAAUUUUCCCCGUGUAGCAUGACUUGACAAAAAAUAUGAGAUCAGCAGGUGACACCAGCAGGAUGUAGUGCACGCAUUUACCAGUACCGCGCCACACAUGUUUUAUAUAAAAAUCAGUUUGCCAAAAGCUAUUGUAGAUCGUCCAGAUAAAAGUAAUUGCUACACAGUCUAUUUUGUAAUGGCAUGUUUUUGUAUUGCAAGGCUAUAGGCCAAAAGGUCGAUCAGGGUAAUUGUUGCUAUUUUACUCAAUUGCAAAUAGACUAGUCCGGCAUCAAUUGACAAUUCCCAUUAUAGACUAAUUUUAGAACUAGGCAAGGAGAUGCAAAUAAAUCACCACAGCUAGAAAGACCAUACUAAAAUCAGUACAUUUGCAAAGUUUGGUUGCGAAAUGUUGUAAAAUGCGGAAAAUAUAGCCUUGCAAAGUUUGCAAAUUUUAUAUACUUUUGUAUUGGGUGCGGAAAUUGCUACCAUUUUUUGCCCAAAUGUGGUAGGAAUGUGGUAGGAAUUUCCGCACGCAAUUUUCGCAACCAAACUUUGUAAUUUUACUAAUUUUGGUAUGCUCUUUUUAGCUGCAGUGAUUUACUUGCAUCUCCAUGUCCAGUUUUAAAAUUAGUCUAUAAUGGGAAUUAGCUUUUUCCGCAUUUUUCCCAAAAGAGAUCAAAGUGCAUUGUGGGAUCGUUUGGAGCGACAAAAUAUAUGAUGACAGGCGUCAAAUAUGUGAAAGAGUAGAAGUAUCUAUACUAUCAAAUAUCAACUUUUAGACGACCAAGAAUGAAAUAUCUCCUUUUUACAUUAAACAUUUAAUUUAAAUGCAUGUGUGCUGCCAUAUUUCUUGUCCCUCCAACAUGGGAUUCGCGCGACUUGACCCAGGACUUUGGAAAAUGGCUAAUUAAUUGUCUAGUCAUGAAGCAUAUUUUUCUCAUUGUCGCGUAUUUGCGAUGAAAAGUGUUGAAAACCUGAAACCAUUUUGUAUUUUUGGCGUAAUAAUUAAUUCCUCUCAAACUGAAUUACUUUGUUUUAGCUUUAUUUUGUAGUUGACACAGUUAGCUAUCUUUUUUAAUGAUUAGUGAUGUUACUCUGAGACUGAGUACAUACAGGGGCGCACAUUAGGGGGGGGGUGGGGGUUUGGGGGGGUGCGAAACCCCCCCUAGAAUCCGAAUAUCACUAAAAGUCGGUCCCAUUCAUCCUUGAUACUGUGCGAAAACUCGGUACCAAAAUUCGGGUAUAAGAAUUAAUAUUUACUUCUGUCCGACUCGGUGAAUUGGGACCGACAACACAAGAGCUGGUUGGUAAGAUGUUAUGAACAAGCGUAUGUGUAUGUGUUAAUGUGUAAGAAACUAUUUCUUGAUUUUUAAACGUCAAAUCGUAGCGCACCCGCUAAGGUUUAGAUGGUUAAUUCAGAUUAUUUAUUAUCUUGAUUUUAUUGUUUUGCUAGUUGUUAUUAUACACUUCUAUUUUUCAUUAUUUUCAGUAUUUUAUAUGGACGAACGAAAGUAACAAUUAUAUUCGAAGAAAUAAACUCGUCUCCCUCUCUCUGCUACUAUCCGAUUUCGCACCUGUGGCCUGCGAACGGAUACUCUCAUGACAGCUCAUACACAUUACUAAUAAACACGUCCUGGUAUUCACACGCGAGCUCAAUUAGGCCUAUACACAUGUUUUGAUUCUUCAGUUCAGAAAAAGACUUAUCUGAUUCUAUUGAUCUGGAACAGAUUGAACAAAUGCAGAAAUUGAGCGAACUAUUCAAUAAGGGAUGAAUUUUCUUAAUUCUUCGUUCGUACACCUGAACGAGCCAACCGAAAAGGUAGAGUUAAGACUCUGAAAUAGUCGUUUCCGGCGACCUAGAGGGCUAAAUGUUGAAAAUUUUCGCGUUCGGCGCCAACCAUGGUGGCGCCUCGUGAGACUUAACCCCAUGGUUUCACAUUCAUUCCCUCGUCCCUGUUCUGUCGCAUGAGGUUUUUGCAGAAUUGUUUUUACCCUUCUGUUUAAUUUAUUUUUGAAUAUCAAAAAGUCGGUCCCCAAGUGGCCCACAGGCCCCACACCCCCCUAGAAAUUCCUUAGAUGUGCGCCCCUGAGUACAUAUCCACACCGGGCAGGCUUGAAAAAUAUGCCUGGCCACGGUGGGAUUCGAACCUACAACCUUUGGAAUACUAGCCCAAUUAUAUCAUUGAUGCUGCAAAAUUGACGCCAUACUCUAUAUAGCUACAGCGAUAUGAGCAAAACUUGCUGAACUUCAGACGUUAUUUUCUCUUUGGCAUACCAUCUAAAAUCUCAUCAUUUUAGCAUUAUUUUCCAGACAAAGUACUAAAAAUACUUUUUAGGGACUGGUCAUAAAGUAAAUGCUAGGGUGGGCUGGAGGUAACUCGCAAAUUUUGCCAAUAAGUUUGGUGACCCAUCUUAGGAUGUAGAUAAAAAUUUCAAGGCCCAUCUAAUCUUACAAAAAAAUUUUCAUGACCCAUCCAAUCUAAAUUGGGAAAAUACACUUUUAUAAUAAAAAAAACUUGCAGGUAUGAACAUUGUAAAUAUACACCGGCACUGUAUUGACAUACGUAAUUCCACCAAGCUUGACCAACAUAUUCAUCACCAAUUACGAUACUGAGCUGUUCUGUUCUCCAGUUGGUUGUAUUUGCUGUGAUUCGACCAGUUCUUGUUGUUGUAUAAAACAAAGUACUGGCUUCAAUAGCAUCAUUUGCAUUUGAUAAUUCGGAUAGUUUUGUUUACUUUUAUUAUUAAUAUCUUUAUUUUUUGAAGUAGACAUGCAUGGGUUUUGUUUGGUGGCCCAGCCGUGGACAUACAAAAAAUUUGGCGGCCCAUCGAAACUGCCCAAAGAUUUUCCAUGGCCCAUCCCAAAUCACUCCAGCCCACCCUAGCAGUUACCUUAUGACCGGUCCCUUAAGUUUGUUUGCCGCUUGAAAAACAUAUCAAAAAUUGAAAAAUUUGAAUAUGGUCAUAACCAAGUGGUAAUGUGUAUUCAUUAAUUUUGAGCGCGUGUUACGUAACAUACAAAAGAUUAUCCUCUUAAUUUCUCUACAGAAAAUAUCAAUCUAUUUCUGAAACUUUUGUUGCUAUUCUAGAAUUCACUUGGCCCACACUUUCGCGCAAUUUAUAUAAAUUUGCGUCGGUCGGUUUUGAUGUCUGUGUGUCUGGGUAUUUUGCGUGCAUAUCUUAUUAUCAAAUUCCACUGAUAAUUGGCAAACGUAAUGAACAGGCAGAUUGUGUGUUAUGUUUCCAUUUGAUCGCGUUACCCCAGGACUAAGCAAUACACGCAGAAUGUAUUUGUUAAUUAUUUCAAAGAUUUAUUAAAGCCAUAAACGUUUAAGCAUUUAUCCCAGUCAAGAACAGCGCUGCUUAAUAUUGUUAUCAGCGCUUAAUUAAACAAUACGAAAUAGCCCAAUGUGUGUCGAGGCUUUUUUCUGAUAGGGCCUACAGUAUAUCUUUCGAGAGCGUUAAGUUUUGAGGCAGCACUUUCCUUGCGAUAAUAGAGCUAGCCUAGUAAGACUAAGAGAUCUUGACAAAGUGAUUUAAAAAUUCCAAAACCAUAAACGAAUUUUCCAUCUGAGGAUAAAAAUACAACCACAUUUAUUUCCGUUGGGUAACCUCUUCAGUGAUGUAUCACUGGUAUCAAUGAGGACCCUCACUUCAUCAAUUUAGACGAUCUGCCGUUUACUGAAACCGCAAAGAUUUGAAUAUACUGCAGUUAAAAUAAACUAGCAAAUGGUUACGUGUAUACCUUGCGCGUACUUUUUGUUCUCGACUUCUUCAAUUUCCAAACCAGCUUGUAUUUUAAAAAAAUUGAGCGAGAGAGGCUAGAGCUAGCGUGAUGAAAUAAAGCCAUGUAUGUGUGUAUCUAUGUACUCCUAUUUUAUCGCCUGAUGUACUGUAAUUGGUCAAGCGAAACAUCAAAUUGUUCUCUUUGUUUUAUACCGCAUAGUUAUUUGAAUUUUGGAAAUAUUUUGUUGUUUUAGGAGCUUUCCUAAUUCCGUAUCUCUUGUGUUUGAUACUGGCUGGGGUACCCGUGUUUCUGAUGGAGAUGAGUAUUGGUCAAGUGAUGCAGACAAACGCCGUGAAGGCGUGGAAACAUCUAUGUCCUCUGUUUGGAGGUAUAUUUACAAUGUGCAUGGCGCGAUCUUAAGCUUUAGAUGCAUGAAAUCGAUUUAUCAGCCGGAUACCUACUUUUCAAACAUUUUCUAGCCAGUGACAGUGGAGUAAAUCCAUUUACCGAGUCAAAUCCGAGUCAAUUCCGAGCCCGAGUCAAACGUCCGAGUCGCGAGUAAAAAAAGACGAAAUUGAAUAAAAUUCACAAUCGAAUAGAGUUAAUAGGAAUAGGGCUAAGGUACUAAGUCAUUGAACCGACAAAGACAGCUAAACAGUGACUCCGGGCAUUUGACUCGGAUCUGACUUGGUUAACCGACAAACCUAAUUAGCUACGACAAACUUAGCAAAUGUAGCUACGAACGACGCAAAUGGCAAAUUUCGUACACGUAGUCUUUCCAGACGUCACUCGACCCAGUUUUCACUCAAUCUAUUGUUGCUAAUUUAACCAGAAUAGACAUUAUGCAUAAUGACGUCACAAAGCUUGAUGCCCGCGAGGAAUGCUGGUCUCAUAAGUCAUCGCCCGGGAAAAUUAAACAAUUCAAAAUGGUCACUAUCGAAAUUUUCCCGGGCGAUGACUAUUAAGACCAGCAUUCCUCGCGGGCAUCAAGCCUUAUGACGUCAUUAUGCAUAAGGUCUAUUCCUGCAGGUUAAUUUAACCAGACUAUAUGGUUGAAAAAUUUAAAAAGUUGUGCAUACAGUUUAAAUCAGCCUUAAAGUGCAUAUGACAUGAAAUUUCUUAUUUUCUUAAAUGAAAGAACUCUUUAAGCUGUAGUGUAACUUAUUUUUCAGUUUCUUAUUUUUAUGGUUUGUUCCCAAGAUAUUUCAAUUUGUUUGAUAUGUAAAUGAGUGUGAAUAUGUCCGCUAAUUUAUGACGUCACGUUGGUUGCAAGCUCUUCAAAAUGGUUGAAUAUCACUGCUAUCAUCCAAGAUGAUAAUUUCAAACUUCCUUCACUGGUAAAUGUGAUGAAGCACUGUGGAAAAACGUGAACAGAUAUCUAAAGUUUUUAAAGUUAACAGAUUUAUAACCAGUGUAAGUUGAGCUUGCAACCAACGUGACGUCAUAAAUUAGCGGACAUAUUCACACUCAUUUACAUAUCAAACAAAUUGAAAUAUCUCGGGAACAAACCAUAAAAACAUGAAACUGAAAAAUAAGUUACACCACAGCUUAAAGAGUUCUUUCGUUUAAGGAAAUAAGAAAUUUCAUGUCAUAUACACUUUUAAAUAAAUAAGGCACACAGCUCGCCUGUAUGUUGUCGUAGAUGAGUUGUGUGCUUGAUUUACACAGUCAGUUUUCGGCAAAAGUUGUGUAUAUAGUGUGAAUCAUAGAUAUCUUGGUUGUUUACCAUUUACAUGGAAAUUCCGGUGAUUCCAUACGGAAAGUAAAUGGAUUUAUUUUUUCACCAGUUCCAGGCUCUUCUCGAUUUAAUUCAAACCGAAUGGGUUUUCCAUGUAAAUGGUAAACAACCCGUAUAUACACUAGAUAGUGCAUCUCUUUUAGUAAAAUUGAAGCCAAGAAUAUUCCAGCGGUUACCCCCAUUUGAAGAGAUGGCGGUCAUGUUGGUCGUCCCACUUGCUCAUAAACGCUUAAAAACAAUAAUAACUUUCAUCAUUUGAAUAGUUUAAAAACGUAUUUGGAAUAGGGUUAACUUAAUAUGUUUAAGUUUCCUGUUUAAGAAAUAGAAAACAUUCGAAUCUUCUCAUUUCAUGGGAACGACCUGAGACUGCAAUCACGGCUUCAAUUUUUGAAUUGCAGAAUAAUUAGAUGCACUAUCUAGUGUAUAUAGAUAUCUAUGGCGUGAAUCGGUCUUAACAUUUUCUUUUUCCCAACAGGAAUAGGUUAUGCGAAUAUGGUGAUUUCGUUUAUGGUGUCCAUAUACUACAACGUGAUCCUUGCUUGGUCUUGCUAUUAUUUCUUCAAUUCGUUCAAAGCUAACCUACCCUGGGUCGGUUGCGAUCAUCCGUGGAAUGAUGAUUGUUUCGUAUACAACAAGUCAAAUCCAAAUGCUACUGGCGUUUCGUCAAGUCGAGAGUUUUAUGUGUAGGUUCACUUUUGUUUGUUUAAGGUUACAGGACACCCUUUUUGGCAUUUUGCGGAAAAUCGCUACUGCGCGCUCAAUAUCAGUCCGAUUUUCAUCAAAUUUUCACCAAAUGUUCUCCAGUGCAUGCAAAAUAUGGUAAAGUUGUAAAAUUAACAAACAAUAAAAUAAUGUAAGAAUUAUUCAGGAAAAUCUUAAAUCGCGGUACCUUUACGCUUUUGAGUUGUGCUCCUGCUGGUUUUAAGUUAUAUUUAUGAAAAUAUCAUUUUUAUACAGCAAAAUAGUUGAUCUAAAAAACUGUGUUCGGAAAUUUUUGUUUAUUUCGUCAUUCCGCUGAUAUGGUGAUUUCUUUGACGACUGCAAUAUAUUUCUGAAUUGUUUGAGUGAAUUGCUCUUUAUUUUUAAAAUAUCCAAAAUUUAAAAAAAGCCGAACACAGUUUUGAAACUGACGUAUUUAGCUAUGUCCUGUGAAAAUUUGAGAACAAUUGGUUAAAACACGCAGGAGCACAACUCGUUUGAAAAUCAGUAAUUACCGUAAAAUUUUUCGUGAGAAAAUUGAAUUUGAAUAUUACAUUUUCAAUGUUUUUCUUAUUGCAGCGAAAUGUAUUUUAUUUAAUAACUCUCAAUAGUUGUGCUUCCAGAAAAGUGUGCCAUACAAACGCCAAUAGGUGUUUUAUAAUCUUGUAGUAGUAAGACUAGUCCGAUAAGAGGUGGCCUUUACUGGGCCCUCUAGGAAGACAGAUUUAUAACUAAUGGCAAUUGAGAUAUCAGGAAAAAUCCAGUAUAAACAAGGAUAUUUUAUAGUUCAGCUUUACUCAUGAAUGCAGUAAACAUAACCAGUGAGAGAUAACCCUUCUCAACCUACAAGGCGAAUGGUUUAGUUAAAAUAAGUGAUAACUGUAUAGCAUGCAUAAUCGUGCUGCCAUUUGUACUUACGUUAUUCAUUUGUGUAAACAAACGUAGUUUCAUAAGCCUUAUGGUUUCUUUUUGAUUUCCUCGCCAUUGAUGGUUUGCAAUCAAUCUCUUGAGAUUUACAAGACAAUGAUAUGGCGGACAUGUUGGAGGAAAACACGCUCCAAAAACAAUAGCUGCUAAUGAGAUUCUUUUGUUAGCUUUCCUCCAAAAUGGCCGUCAUGACAUCAAUUGCAAACCAAGAAUAUGCAUAUGUAUAUUUAGUAUUUUUGCACAAGUGAAUAUAACAAAUCCUACAAGUUGAUUGGUCAAAUUUGACCUAUUAAUUCACCUACAGGUGAAUAUAACAAAACCGAAAUUUGCAAAAUGGCGGCUAAUUUUUUUUCUGUGGUAACUAUUAAAUUCAAAAAUUCGAAAUUAAAUCGAGGGUAGAAUUAAUAACCCCAUGCUUUUCUAUUCUUCUCCCACAGACACAAUGUACUAAAAAUCACCGACGGCAUAGAUAACCCAGGCGAGAUGAACUGGGAAAUGUUUGGUUGUUUAUUACUUGCCUGGGUGCUAGUGUAUUUCUGUAUCUGGAAGGGAAUUAGAACGACGGGAAAGGUCAGUGAUUUUGAUCAUAGUCCAAGAAUUCCUGGUUCAAUAGUCCACCUUACAACAUAAUCUGGUUAAAUUAAGUUAACCAGGACUGUGAUUAAAUUUACCAGGAAAUUUAGGGAGCCGUCAUUAUUUAUGGCGGGGGCUGGCACCGGAGAGAAAUGUUUUUCUUGGUAAAAAUUUUGCUGACCCAACCAUUAGGAACCAUUUUUACCCAACCUCAAAUAUCAAUUAAAAAAUAAAUACCCACCCCUGGCCAAAACUUUACAUAAGGAUACCAUUCAGUUGUCACAUAUGUUCUUUAUCACUUUUAUGAAAUGAGUUUGAUAACAUGCUUGUGCUAUACUCUGAAGCCUAACAUUUCAUGUUGUCUGCACAUGUACUUUCUUUGGAGACGCGUACAAAAUGAUCAAGAUAGCACAUUAAUUUUUAACCUUCAAUAUUUUGUUUGCCCAACCCUUUUCUCUUCGAUCGAAAGCGCGGAAUGCGACUAAAAUUUGGCGUCUCUUAUUCCUAGGUUGUGUAUGUGACAGCGACGGCACCUUAUAUCAUUCUGAUCAUCUUGUUCUUCCGUGGGGUAACUUUGGAUGGUGCCAAGGAUGGAAUUUUGUACUUCGUAAAGCCGCAAUUCCACCGUCUUACCGAUUUCAAGGUUUGCUUUUGUUUUCUUUAUGCUUAACUAUUAUUUUCUAUAUUUCUCAACCGCCAGAUGCACUUAAAAAGGUUGCUAACUGUGUAAACUACAAAGUAAAGCUAAAACAAAGCAGUUUUGAGAGGAACGCCCAAAAAAAGUUUUUAGGUUUCGAAAAUACGUGACAAUGAAAAAUGUUGCCUCUUUUUGAUAUGCCAAAUUAUCUUCAUUAUAUAACGUCACACUGCAUAACGACUUUCUGAAAAACUUAAAAAUCUUUGUAUAUUGUUCAACGAAAUCAUAAAUGUAUCAUGCAUAUUACUAAUGUAUAUUAUAUGUCGACAAGUUUGGAUAUCAGUUAUCUAUAAGAGUUUUGAAAGUUUUUUCAGAAAGCCGUUAUGUUAUUGAUGUCAUGAUGAGAGUAAUAUGCAUAUCAGACAUCGCCUAUGCAAGAAUUUUUUUAUGAUUGAAUUGCAAACUUUAUUUAUAAUUUAAAAUCAUACUGUAACUUUUUUUUCUAAAACUUUGUUAUCUUUCCUGUAUAUCAAAAUAUUGGACUUUGUUUGGCAUGCAAAUAUGACUUACAUGACGUCACACUGAAUAAUGUAUUUUACAGAAGACUGUUUCUAGCUUGAUAUUAACUCAGAUUUGCAGACGAAAUGAUAGCUUUGAUAGUUCUUAAAGUAUAUAACUUUCAAUGUCAGUAGAAUUAUCACAUAUUUUGGCAAGGAAACGUUUUCUUUCUAAGAACUCAUUAUGCAGUGUGACGUCAUAUAAGUCACAUUUGCAUGCCAAACAAAGUCCAAUAUCUUGACAUACAGGAAAGAUAACAAAGUUUUAAAAAAAAAUGUUACAUUAUGAUUUUAAAUAAACUUUGCAAUUCAAAAAAAAAAUUAAAAAAUUAAAAAAAUUCUUGCAUAGGCAGUAUUAGGCACUUUAAAUAUCUCAAGAAAGAAACAAACUAAGAUAAAUAUGGUUAAUUUUCAAUAGGUGUGGGUAGAUGCUGCGUCACAAAUUAUGUAUUCGUUAGCCAUUGGCCUUGGUGUAUUACUUGGAUUUUCCAGUUAUAACGACAAAAAGAACCCCACUUUGUACAGGUCAGCAAAGAAAUUUAAUAAUUUUGGAGAGAACAAGAAAAUGUGCUAUUGAUGCCUAAUCUCAUUGUUCUUUUCCUUAUACUUUCAAGCUGUUCGCAGUUUUUGUACGCUGUAUAUUCGAAUUCAGUUUCUCACAAAAAGAUUUACCAUUGAUUUUUGUCAGUGUUGUAAAACUCGUUAUCGAAGUAACGCGUUACUAUAAUUGCUAAAUACUUUUUGAAUAAUUUUUUAGGCCAUUAAUUAGUUGUUGGACGAAAGUAAUUUGUAAUUAUAAGUAAUAGCAUGGCAUUCAGGGCGAUUAUAGCAUAGAUAUCUUAUAUACACUAGAUAGUGCAUCUAAUUAUUCUGCAAUUCAAAAAUUGAAGCCGUGAUUCCCAUGAAAUGAGAAGAUUCGUAUGUUUUCUAUUUCUUAAACAGGGAACUUAAAUAUUAAGUUAAACCUAUUUCAAAUACAUUUUUAAACUAUUCAAAUGACGAAAGUUAUUGUUGUUUUUUAAGCGUUUAUUAGCAAGUGGGUAACACCAACAUGGCCGCCAUCUAUUCAAAUGGGGGUAACCGCUGGAAUAUUCUUGGCUUCAAUUUUACUAAAAGAGAUGAGCUAUCUAGUGUAUAUAAGAUAUCUAUGGAGAAUAGUGAUUAAUUGUACCCGUUACUAUACCUCUCGAGGCUUGAGGGACAUUUCAUCACUACUUGACUGUAAUGCCAUGCUAUCUCUUUGUAAUAACAUAGCUACCGAGACAAUAAAACGGUUUCAUUCGAUUGAAUAAGUUGAAAUGAAAAGACGCGUUUGUUUUUUGAUACUAAUGACUAUUGGGAUAUUCGUUAAUGAGUUACGGUAUCAUGUUUUAGCAAUGAGGUAAAUUAGUCAUUAAUCGUCCCUCGCGAAACAAAUGAUUUCGAGGUAGCUAUGAUGUUACCAUUCUCGUACCCAGAGCCCUUCUUACGUGCGGUGCGACGAGGGGCUCUGGCCAAAUCCAUAACCGGAUACCAUAAAAACAUGGUAAGAAAACAAUAUCCGGUGUUAGAACUAGCCAAUCACAUGCCAGUUCGGAUAUGGAUUUGGCCAGAGCCCCUCGUCGCACCGCGCGUAAGAAGGGCUCUGGGUACGAGAAUGUGAUAUUGCGUAAUUACUUUUCUAAGAUAACGAGUAGCAUUUUUAUGAAAAUAUUUUGCGUUACUUCUGUGUGCUUUUUCAUUUUUCCAUUGUCUAUCGAGGGUUAACAGAUCAUGCGAGCCAUUCCGAAGUUGAUGAGUGGACUGGGGACGAGUGUUAAAAAGUGCCCAAAUUACGAAAUGAACCAAAUCACUAAAAAGACCACCUCAAAAUUAGUAAGUAUACAAAGUUUGAAGAUGUUUACAUGAAUACCCUUCGAAUAAUAAGCUUUCCAAAAUUGUGAAAUUACUGAUUAAAAAGAUUGUUUUUGGGACACGCGUCCCCGAAAACAAAAAUUACAGUACAUUUCAUAGUACUAAUGUCGCGAUUUUCGAAAGCUUAUUAUUCGAAGGGUAUUCAUGUAAACGUUUUCAAACUUUGUAUACUUAGGCUAAUUUUGAGGUGGUCUUUUUCGUGAUUUGGUUCAUUUCUUAAUUUGGGCACUUUUUAACACUCGUCCCCAGUCAGAGCAUCAACUUUGGAAUGACUAAUUAAGUCACAAUUUAAAUUAUACGACUUGUUGCCUUAAUUAAGUGCAUUGAUAUUGUAGCAAUCUAAUUUGAUCUUAUUAAGUAAAAGGCAAUCUGACGAAAAAUUAGAAAUUAAAUUUUUGAUAAGUAAUUCCUAAUUCGUAAUUAGUUACUUUUGAAGGAAAGUAAUUUGUAAUUUGGCAAUAAUUAUCUUUUCGGAGAAGUGAGAAAUAUUUUUUAUUCAUUGGUUAUUUUUCUAACACUGGAUUUCAGAGAUGCAAUUUUAAUUUCAAUCAUAAAUUGUUCAACAAGUAUUUAGCAAUUAACUUUCUGAUGAGUGAUUCCUAAUUCGUAAUUAAUCACUUUUGAAGGAAAGUAAUUUUUAAUUUGGCAAUAAUUACGUUUUCGGAGAAGUAUUAAAUUUUAAUUUUUAUCAUUGGUAAUUUUUAUAACACUGAAUUUCAGAGAUGCAAUUUUAAUUUCAAUCAUAAAUUGUUCAACAAGUAUCUUUGCUGGUUUCGUUAUCUUUUCUGUCGUGGGCAAUAUGGCAGCAUCCCAAGGAAAGUCUGUCACUGAAGUUGCUUCGCAAGGUUUGUUGUUUAAGAACAAGAAUAUGGCACAAACACGAUCGAAACAAUGCAUCUAUGAUUUUAGUAACGCGGUUUUUUUCUAUUUUCCUAGGUCCUGGACUUGUGUUUAUCGCUUACCCAGAAGCCCUUUCGAAGCUGCCGAUUCCUCAGUUUUGGUCGGUAAUCUUCUUUCUUAUGUUGAUUACACUUGGUUUGGAUAGUCAGGUAGGUUAAUUAUGUAUAUAUUUGCAUAUAUACAUAUGUAAGGUUAAUUAUGUAUAUAUUUGCAUGACGCGCGGGAAAAAUAACCAUUUUUCAGCCGAAAGUGGUUAUUUUUACCGCGCAAAUCAUUUUAGUGAUUGAAGUAUAUGUAUAGUUGUUUUUGCUGUCUCGUCGCUUACCCGUCGUAAGCUGUUUUAGGAUGAUAUAGCUAUGCAUAUUUAAGCGAUUAGAGGGCUCAUGGAGAUUAACAAGCGGCGUUCAGUUCACUGGCGUUGUACGUUCUGACAGGGCGCUGAAUAACGGCCGGUCAACGGACAAUGUCCUGCCAGAAUGCGGAGUUGUCCGGUCGAAUUCUUACCUUGCCGGUCAUUUUGACCGGUCACUUUCGGUGAAAGAACAAACUAAUCUUCAUUUUAAUUAAUAAUCAAAAUAUUAUCAAGUAUUAUUAUAACAUGUUGUCGAAUAUUUUUCGGGAAAAGAACUUCAAUGUACGCCAGCUUUCCAACGCCGUAUGUCACAAAGCCCAUGGCCAUGUCUUUGGCUUAAGAUCGAGUUAAGGCUAUGCUUUUAGCGCAGUGCAAGCUGUUUUAGCGAAGUGCAAGCUGUUUUAUGUUUUUAAUUACUGAUUACAGUAAGGCUUUUUGUGAUGUUAUAUUGUGAAAAUAGUCACAUUUUUAGAGGUAUACUUUACUAUACGCUUUGCUUUAAGCUGAAUAAUUUGACCGGCCAGAAAUUCGGCAUGUCCGAGCUAAAAUUGAAUUGGCCGGUCACCUUGACCGGCGACCCUCCAGCCGUUAUUUCGCGCCCUGCGUACAAAGUCGAACCGUUAAGGAUGGUGACAGCUAUCCCGAACUUAUAUUACUAAAUAUAGAUAUAUUAUAAAACGAAUAAACAUUACUGAUAUUUAUCGCAGCUUUGAAAGCUGCCAUGCUGUUCAGCAAAACCAGUCUAUUCAUUAUAAAAUGUGAUGGGGGUGAUUUCCCCGACAAACCACUCUGUACGUUUUUCUAGUUUGGCCAAGUGGAAGUGUUAUGCGGGGUUAUUAUCGAGAAAUAUCCCAAGAAACUCCGUCCUUACAAAGAACUUGUAGUCUUAGCCGUUUGUUUCGUUCUAUUCCUGCUGGGAAUAGCCUGCGUCACCCAGGUAUAUUAUUUUUUAUUUUUUUGGUAAUCAUGCAUAAACCCCUAUAGCCUUCCUAUAUCGGAGAACUUAAGGCCAUGAUACACGAGGCAAUUUUUGCUGCUACUUCCAACGCAAAAUCUGACAUAGACCCAUGCUAUCCAAAAAGAACUCACAUGCAGGGAAAUCAGUUGUGAACAUGGCUCUUUAAUUUACGUUUACUAAAAUUACUUUCAAACACUCAUUAAUAAUUCAUAAGCUAAUUGGCAAAUCAUGUCAACCAUAAUAUGUCACGUGCAGUGGCUUUAAACCUGAUAAAACACUCCUAAUUAGUAUUCUUUAUAUAAAGAAUACUAAUAAGGCAGUAUCUAUUGUAGUCGUGUCCUCAUUUGUAUUUCUUAUAUAAAGAGUACUAAUAAGGCAGUAAAUCUAUUGAAUUUGUAGUCGUGUUUGAAGCCGUUUAAUAAACUCGCAGGUCGUGCUUUAUUAGGUCUAAAGCCACUCGCGCUGCGCGCUUGUGUCUUUAAACCAAAUAAAACACUCCUGCUCGUUUAUUAAACAGUACAUAAACAACUAUCUGCAUUAAUUGCGUCUGAAUGCGAGAUGCGUUCCUACUAUUUACCCUCUAUUCAUAAACAAUCAAUACUCUUGUCAGCUUUUCGCGCCAUUGGAUUUUUAUAACAUGGCACUAGGGUAUACGGUUCGACCGCUUGUUCCCUACCACCCCAGUUCCUCAGAUUUUCAUAAAUUUCUUUUAAGGGCGGUAUUUAUGUGUUUAACCUGUUGGAUUCAUUUGCCGCUGGCGUCUGUCUCAUAUUUGUUGUCAUUUUCGAAUUGCUUGUUGUAGGCUGGGCAUUCGGUAGGUAUAUAUAGCAUCUGUGAGCACGAUAACAUUUCAAACGUGUAGACAGUCCGAAUCAUGCUGGAGUGCACACGAAACAAUAGCUCGAAAUCAAGGCGGGCCAUUAAUGGUCGCUAGUCCUGUUUUAAUGGAGGAAUGUAAAUGCAAUUUUGCCAACCCAUUUCAACCACUAAUUUAAAAUAUUUCUUUUCACAAAAGUGUUGGCGAAAAAAAUUUCCUAGACAUUAAAUUUUCUUUUCCUUUCUUCGUUAAUGUUUUCAUUAUUUUUUCGUAAAUUUUCCAAAAUUUUUGCUAUAAAUAUUAGUUUUUAAUCAGUGUAGCUCAUAUAUUUUAGUUUUCCCCCUUCCUAUCCAAUUCAAGUUUUGCCGACUAUGAACACAAUCCCCCCUUACGACGCCCUGAGUGUGUUUCCCGAAAUCAUUAUCUCCUUUGAAUUUUAGGUGGUAGAACCUGGGUCGAUGAGAUAUACAGUUUGACCGGCACAAGAAUACAUACAUGGUGGAUAAUUUGUUGGAAAUAUAUCUCCUUGUUUUUGGUUGUUGUAAGUACAAACCAUUGAGGCAAAGUUGAAAAUGAGCCGCUGAAAAAAGCUGCAAUCAUAUAUUUUCGCUCGCUACUCUGGUUUUAAUAAAUGCGGAAUACAAAGCCCAGUUAAUUUGCAUUCACGACCCAACGUUUCGACACUCCAGUCUUGUGUCUUCAUCAAGGGUGACAUGAAGUCGCAAUUCACAAUGUGGUUUCUUUAUACCCAUGGGAUGACGUCAUCUGCCAACAAGAUGGAUAUAUGAUGCUUGUGCGUGAUGUUACUCUGAGUGUAUAUCCACACCGGGCAAGCUUAAAAAAUAUGCUUGGCCACGGUGGGAAUCGAACCUACGACCUUUGGAAUACUAGCCCAAUGCUCUGCCAACUGAGCUACGCAGUCAGGUCGGUUCGAGUAUGUGAUAUUUCGGAACUGAGUCUAGUUCCUUCGAUAUCAAUGUAAUCUAGUAAUCAUGAUGUUUUCUGUGUUGGUGUAAUGUACUCAGGUGAAUAAGAUGCUUGUGUGAUGUUACUCUGAGUUUAUAUCCACACCAGGGCGAGCUUGAAAAAUAUGCCCGGCCAUGGUGGGAAUCGAACCUACGACCUUUGGAAUACGAGCCCAAUGCUCUGCCAACUGAAGUAACUGAGCUACGCGGUCAGGUCGGUUCAAGUAUGUGAUAUUUCGGAACAGAAUCUAGUUCCUUCGAUGUAAUCUAGUAAUCAUGAUGUUUUCUGUGUUGGUAUAUAAUGUACUCAGGUGAAUAUGAUGCUUGUGAUGUUACUCAUAAAUUUACUCAAAGAACCUAGUAUCACAAAAGUAUCAAGGCCUUUGCAGGACAAACUGGAGGUUAACCCUAUAUUUGGAUCCCCUUAUCUAAUUACAAUAUACUUUCUUAGCUAAGGCACGAUAAAUACUAUACACUAUAGAUUAAAAUAAUUCAGUACAUUUGCAUAUGUAGUUUUAGACUGUUCUUAAAGUUCUUAAUGUUGUCUACUUCAACUAUACCAAGCUUGGCAAGUUGUUCCAUAAGGUGAUGUUUCUUACGAAAAAGAAUAACAAUCGCUAUGGUCAAAGACGUUGCCUAGAAACGUGCCAUAUAAAUAUGAGUAAUCAUGCUUUGAAUAGGGAUGAUGGUGCUUAUUUACCACAUAUUCAUCUUGUUGGCAGAUGAUGUCAUCCCGAUACACUGUAGGAAGCCACUUUGCGUCUUCAGAUCACCCCUGAUGAAGACACUAGACUGGAAUGUCGAAACGUUGGUUUGUGAAUGCAAUUCGACGGGGCUUUGCAUUCAUUGAUAAAAAACAGAGUAGCGAGCGAAAACAUGACUAAUACCUUAUUAUAGGAAAUUAACGAUGCACUUUAUUAACACGGAUUUUAAAAAUUCGCGUUAAUUUAAUUAAUGUUAAUUUAUGUGAUCGUUAAUUUUAAGUAUGUAAUUUUCAUUUAUCGUUAGCUAAAAAUACCUAGAUUUGUUUCAUAUAACACUAACUCUUUUGAUAUCAAAAUACAGCAUAUUAACGUAAACUAAAAACAUCAGUGCUCCUCUUAACAUUAAACCUUUGUUGUUGUUGUGUCUAUAUUUUCCGAUUCGCGUUAAUUUAAUUAAUUUGUCAACCAUCGAGAUCGGAUUCGCGUUAAUAUAAUCAUGUUUUAAAAGACCUAGAAGCAAUCCGCGUUUAUAAUUUGAUGUCGCGUUCAUUUAUGUCGCGUUAAUAAAGUGUAUCGUUAAUUUCCUAUAACAAGGUAUACCUUGUUGCCGUGAACUCACAAUCUUUGAAACCUGUAAUGUUCAACCCUAUAGGUGGCAAUGUGUCCUGAUGCGACCACUUUAUUAUUUUACCGCUUUGUCUGUCCAUGGUCUGUCUAACGCCAUCCAAUUCGAUGUCACUAUAAAUUAACAUAAAAUUGUAUUUAAAGCCCCCCCCCCCCCCCCGAUUCCCCAUUGAAAGCAGUCCUAUUUACAUUUCCCUGUGUUUUCUAUCAGGGGGUAUUCUUGUUCAGUCUGAUCAAAUAUCCUGAGAAAGGUAUCACAUAUGAGAAAUACAGAUAUCCGGUAUGGGCUGAAAUACUUGGUUGGUUUAUUGCUGGUCUACCUAUGCUCUGUAUUCCUGCGUAUGCUGUGUGGAAAAUCAUUCACACAGAGGGAACUUUGAUAGAGGUAAUAAAGCAUUUAUGGUCCAGUGCUGUUACUUAUUUUUGAACCAGUUUAUACAGCUACAGUACAGUUACAUGCUGGAAAAGGUAUCGGUAAAAGUUACACAUACCCGAAAUAUAUUACUAGUUAGGCGUAAAAAAAAAAUACCUGUGGUUCCGGUUUCAUAUCGUGAAAAAAUUAGGGUCGGUAGGUCGGAAAUAAAUUUUUUUUUUGAAUAUUUUUUUCAUGGUUUUGGCGUUUUUUUGCUGGGCGAUUUGCAGUAGAGUCCCGACAUCAAUAUUAACUAGAGAUGCGUAUUUCCUAUCAUCCUAUGGACGAAUUUAGGCAAUUUGGUUCAAUAAUUAGUCUGACAACAGACGCCAUUUUGGCACGCUGCACGAGCAGCCCGCAACCACCUGGAGAAAAUAGGGUCGCACAGUCAAUCGCGUUGAAUAAAUAAUAGGGUCGGCAGAAAAAAAUAGGGUCGGUCGGGAACCGGAACCACAGGUAUUUUUUUUACGCCUUACUGUUAUUAUUAAAGUGCCUAUGCAAGAAUUUUUUUAUGAUUGAAUUGCAAAGUUUAUUUAAAAUCAUAAUGUAACUUUUUUUCUAAAACUUUGUUAUCUUUCCUAGAAUGUUUACUGAUAGUGACACUUUCAAGUUUCAACGCAUUUUUAAUCAUUUACUGAUUUCCUUUUAUAUUUUUCAGCGAAUCAAGUUCUUGCUGAAGCCUGAAUUUAGUCUGACCCAAAUGAAUCCGGUAAAAGAAAAGGCGGUGGAAUUGACUGGAUUUCAUGUCGCCAGCAGGAUUUGA